GGAGAGCGAGCCAGUCAACUCGAGCGUGUUUGAGCCCGUGUUGUCAUACGCCGAGGAGUCGCUCAAGCGAGCGUACGUCGCCUCUGCUCCCUCGACUCGUCUCGACGACGCAAUCAAACAGACGUGCCGCUCUGCCUCUUGAAACAUCCGCAGCUCGAUUAAUGACGCUCAUUACUGGAGAGGGGCUGCGCUCACUGGACCCGACCGUGUCCACUUUGGAUUCCUCCCAGCUUGAAGUUGGAUUUUCUUUUAUUUGCCUUUCUGGACUUUAUGGAAUUGUCUGCCACCCAAGAAAGAUUGACAUUUUAUAAAUAAGGAACCACUAACAGGUGGGCUCCGUGGCUUUUAAGCCCCCCUGCUGUUUUUUAUUUGAGGGUGGGAGCUUAGCUCACUUCCCUGCUGAGAGCAGAUCCAGAUGCACGCCAAGAGAAUUUGGCGGGGGUAAGAUGCCAGCCAUCCUCGUGGCCUCCUCCAGCAUGAAGUCAGGACUCCCCAAACCGGUACACAGCGCGCUGCCGAUCCCUCAAGUCUCCAGCAGGUCGUCGGCUCUCCCUGCGCCACUAAAGACCCAAAUUCCAUCCCUGAACCAACAUAUGGGUUUGGGACGUCCGCGAGGCCCUUCAGAGAUCAGGCGGAACGCUCAGAUCUACACCGACUGGGCCAACCACUACCUCGCCAAGUCGGGACACAAGCGCCUGAUCAAGGACCUUCAGACGGAUGUUGCGGAUGGCGUGCUGCUGGCUGAGAUCAUUCAGGUCGUCGCCAACGAGAAGAUUGAUGACAUCAAUGGCUGCCCCAAGAGCCGCUCUCAGAUGAUUGAGAACAUUGACGUCUGCCUCAGUUUCCUGGCAGCGAAAGGAGUCAACACUCAGGGAUUGUCUUCAGAAGAGAUCCGCAAUGGCAAUCUAAAAGCCAUCCUCGGCCUCUUCUUCAGCCUGUCCCGGUUCAAACAGCAACAGCAGCAGUCCCAGAGGCACAACCCCCAGCCGGCCCCCGCCCCGACAUCCCAGCCUCGCACCUCGCACCCCGUUUUGAGCCAGCAGAGCAGUGCCCCGGCUCAGCUGAGCCAGUGUCCGCAUGGGACUCCCGCCCCCGCAGUCCAGAAAGCAGCACAGGCCGAGAUGCAGUCCAGGAUUGGCUCUCAGAGUAAACUACUCAAGUUUUCCCUUGGUCAGAAAAAGACCUCUAGACUUCCCGGCCCCUCGGCGAGGGCGUCCACUGCAGGCGGUGACAUCGCUCCACGAGGCUCGGUCGGCAGCGCCGGCAACAGACGCAGCCAGGCCUUCAACGACAAGACCAAAGGCAGCUCGCAGCUCAACAGAGAUCCCUCAGACGGAAUGGCCUCUCAGCCAUCGCUGAUAACAAAUGAAAACGCGGCAUUGCCUUCGGUGACUGUCGGCUCCUCCGCCUCCUCCGCCACCUCCGCGUUGAUUCCCCCCGCUUCGUCGUUGCCCUCGACCGCCAUUCCCCACCCCGGCAGCAACAGCAAGCCCUGGCGGAGCAAGUCCAUGAGCUCCAAGCACGCCUCUCAAGCUGCCUCCUCCACCAGCGGUUCACCGUCCGCCAUGCAAUCAACAAAGCAGGACAAGGAGACCUCCUCUAAGGCUACUUUGGGAUCUGAAGCUCCUCCUAAGGUUGUCACGCAAAAGUCAAUGUUAGAGAAGCUUAAGCUCUUUAACAGCAAGGGAGGCUCUAAAUCCUCCUCCUCGUCCAAUGGAGGAAGUGACAACGCUGCGCCUGGCGGGCAGGUGGAGAAAGCUGAGAUUGGCUCAAAUACCGACCCCUUCGAGGAAGAUGACGGCAACCUCCGCCCGGGAACCAACGGAACCUCUAACGCCACUACUGCCAGCAGCCCCAAAAUUGCCUUGAGAGGAAUUGCCCAGCGCACUUUCAGCAGGGCUCUGACUGCCAAAAAGAGUUCCGCCAAAGGCCCCGAAAAAGACAAGGAGCGGGCCAAGGAGAAGGAGAAAGGGAAGGAAGUCGGGAAACGUCUCUCCAUGCAGGACAGGACAGAAUUCAGGGGAGAGGAGCUGAAGGAGGAAAUAGCACCUGUUGCUGGAGACAUGGACAACACAAACAAAAAGACCUCAAAAAUUGCCAGCUUCAUUCCCAAAGGGGGGAAAGUUGCCAAAAAGGAGAGCUCCGCCUCUGCACACAGCGGAAUACCAAAGCCAGGAGGCAAAAUCCCAGGAAUUGGCGGCAAAGCCUCUUCAGCGGGGACGAAAGAAGCCGGGGAGAGACCACGAAGCGUGAAGCUCGGCGGGGGUCCGACCACGCACCGAGGUCAUCCGGAAAAGGACAACAAAAGCUCUACCUCCAGCCUGCACGAAGGGAAGGCCGGCUCCGCCCCCUCGCCCGGAGGAAACAACACGCAGAGCACGGCCAGCAACACAGUCAGCGUGCAGCUACCUCAGACCCAACAGCACCACACCCACCCCAACAUGGCCACCGUGGCACCUUUCAUGUACAGAUCCCAAACUGAGGGUGAAGAAGUUGUGAGCAGUGAAUCCAGCUCAGGAGGAAGAGGCGGGGAUAUUGCCUUCAGCAAAAACAACCAGACCUCCAUCGAGGACCUUUCGGGGGAAGACCCGGAGACGAGGAGGUUGCGGACUGUUAAAAACAUUGCGGACCUGCGCCAGAACUUGGAGGAGACCAUGUCCAGCCUGCGGGGAACUCAGGUCACACACAGCACCUUGGAAACCACUUUUGAUGGCAGCGUCACCACCGACAUCAGCGGCGGUGGCAGCAACAGCAGCGCAGGGGGGAAAAGCAUCUUAAGUCUCACCUCCGCCAGACCCUCCUUGUCGUCAUGGCGACUGGGUCAGUCCAGCCCUCGCCUCCAAGCCGGCGACGCCCCUUCCACGGGGAACGGAUACGCCGGCCGCGUGGCAGGUGGCCAAGCUGGACGCUACUUGUACCCGGGGCAUCUCAGGCGGCAGCUAGCCGGAAGGAGCGGGGGCCUCUGCGGCGGGGACCUCGCCGACAGACCCGGGGAGGACGUGGACCUUGAUGGGCUCGCCGUGGAGGUCACCGGAUACAUGAGCGAUGGAGAUGUUCUGAGCAAGAACGCAUCUCGCACGGAUGAUGUCACCAGUGGCUACAUGACGGAUGGAGGUUUGGGUCUGUACACGCGCCGCUUGAACCGACUGCCUGACGGCAUGUCGGCCGUUCGGGAGACCUUGCAUCGAAACGCGGCGUCCGGCCAGGGAGAUGCCGACAGUUGGGAUGACAGCAGCUCGGUGAGCAGCGGCAUCAGCGACAACAUCGACACAGAUGACAUCAACACCAGCUCGUCCAUCUCCUCCUAUGCUAACACACCUGCCGCGCAGCGCAAAGGCCUUAGCACGCAGCCUGUGACAGAUGCCGAGAAGCACUCGGUGUCCGCAGUGGUCCACCAGGCCUGGUCUGGAGACGAGGUGAAGAGGCCAGACGGAGGGUCGAACAGCGGGGUCAAAAUGGAGCCGGGCUCCAAGUGGAGCCGCCGCAACACCUCUGACAUCUCGGAUGAGUCCGAUAAGGGCGGAUCAGGAAGGAAGAGCGCUUCUGUGUCCCACACGGGGUCCUGGAGGAGAGGAAUGAGCACACAAGUGGGGGUGACACCUCCUCGGACCAAAAGCACGAGUAGCACGUGCUCCUCGAGCGCCGUCACGGUCAAAAGCCAUACUUCAGGUAAAACAGAUGACGUCAAGGUUUCAGAAAAGGGACGUCUCUCUCCACGUUCCAACGGCCUCAACUCUGACGGCGCCGAUGAAGCAAAGAAACAAUCAGUCUCUACCAGCCAUACAGCGACGCCCAGCUCCCUCACGCACACUCUUUCCGAGCCCCCGACACACGCCCCCCGUGCACCAACCAGCACAUUUGGCUUCAAGAAACAAGGCCAUGGCAUGGUAGCCAUGGUAACCGCCAGUGGCGCCACCGUUACCAGUGGCUCAGCCACUCUGGGGAAAAUUCCCAAAGCUGGUGUUCGCUCACUGGUCGGAUUGAAGGCGGGUGGGCAGGACGGGGGCUUGCUGCUCGGCCACCACGACGACAGUUUCCUCCCCGCGAGCGCCCGCUCCACCCUUCAGUACCGAAGCCUCCCGAGACCCGGCCGCUCGGGUUCGGCCGCCCGCAACGGAAACCGCUCAUCCACCAGCAGCAUCGAAGCCGCCGUGCUCUCGGUCACGUCGCAUGGGAAAAAUGCGUUCGGCAUCGCCAAGGCCAACGGGGGUCUGUUGGCCAAUCAGACCGAUCGGGAGAAGGGGGUCUCGGAUAUUGACAACUUCAGGAGCGGAGGAUCAGCAACCGUUCCUCUUACGGGAAGGCAGCAGGUUUCGUCGCCAACGCUGCGCAGGUUGUUUGGUGGCAAGAGCAGCAAACAGGCUCCGGUCAUCACUGCGGACAACAUGAAGAACUCCACCGUUAUCUCCAACCCGCAUGCUACCAUGAGUCAUGUGACCACCAUGAGCGAGUCUGCCGAUGGAGGGCUGGACAGCGAGACCAUCGGCCCCAUGUUCGGAGGCAGAGCACCCACGUCCGGUACUGGCACGCUGGGCAGCGAACAGGCGUCCAGUCCAGGCUCAAUCUACUCCUCCACCGGCCCCUCCAACAGUCUAACGUGGGGCACAACAUUCUCCACAUUCAGCAGCUCCUCGGCCCAGAGCAGGGAGAGCACGCUGGGUGGGCACGGCGGUACGGGCAGCGUGGGUUACCCAUCUGUCAGCAGUAUGCACACGAGCAGCGAGUCCAUUGACAUGAGCCUGGGCAGUGCUGGAGGAGGAGGUCACGGGGGCCACAGGGAGGACACCCUGUCCGCCUUGGGCCGCGCUGGCAGCGUCAAGACGGGCAUGUCGGAAAGCCCGCUCUCCUCCCCGUCCGCUAGCCCUAAAUUCAGCCGAAACACUCUGCCUCGGAAACAGGACAGUGGGCCACUCUGUGGCAGAAACACUCUGCCUAAGAAGGGACUCAGGUACGGCCCGCCCCCUCAGCUGCGAAGCCACGAGGAGGGCCGUGAUUGGCUGCGUUCUCACUCCACUAGUGGGCUGCAGGAAUCGGCCAGUAACUCUCCCUUUUCCCCCGGCUCCAGCCUCACCUCCCCUUCAGGCACACGCUUCAAUUUCGGACAGCUUGCGUCAAGCCCGACCUCGACAGCUCAGAUCAAUCUGACCGGCCAGCGCAACAACAGCCUGACCAACCAGGAUGCCACCUUUGACCCCUGCAGCGACAACCGCCUGAGAAACUCUUGCAUGUCCCUCGACGAGAAGACUCGCACCAUGAGCCGCUCGGGCUCUUUCCGCGACGGCUUCGAGGAAGUUCAUGGCUCGUCCCUCUCUCUGGUCUCCAGCACCUCCUCCAUGUACUCCACGAAUGAGGAGAAGUCUCAGUCUGAGAUCCGCAAGUUACGCCGGGAGCUAGAUGCCUCCCAAGAGAAAGUUUCCGCCCUGACGACACAGUUGAGCGCCAACGCUCACCUGGUGGCGGCGUUUGAGCAGAGUUUGGGCAACAUGACCAUCAGGUUGAAGAGUCUCACCUUGACGGCUGAGCAAAAGGACUCUGAGCUGAACGAACUGAGGAGGACCAUCGAGCUGCUGAAGAAGCAAAACGCCGUCGCUCAAGCCGCCAUCAACGGGGUCAUCAACACACCUGAGCUCACGUCCAAAGUGGAAAGGACAGGUAGCAGUAACGGCAGCGCUCACCAUCAGCAGCAACAGCAGAAGCAACCAGAUCUGCGAAUCAGGAGGCAGCAUUCCUCCGACAGCGUCAGCAGCGUAGCUAGCGCGACCAGCCAUUCCAGCGUGGGCUCCAACAUGGACGCCGAUGCUAAAAAUAAGAAGAAAAACAAGAAGAAUUGGCUGCGAAGCUCCUUCAAACAGGCGUUCAGCAAGAAGAAAUCUCCUAAAUCAGCUUCAUCCCACUCGGACAUCGAGGAGAUGACGGAUUCUUCGCUGCCCUCCUCCCCUAAACUGCCUCACAACGGGACCGGCGCGACCAACCACAUGCUCAGGAACACACACUCCAACUCGCUAUUGUCUGAAUGUUUGGACAGCGAGGCGGAGACCGUAAUGCAGCUGCGAAGUGAGCUCAGGGAGAAGGAGAUGAAACUGACAGAUAUCCGCCUGGAAGCGCUCAGCUCCGCCCAUCAGCUCGACCAGCUACGAGAGGCCAUGAACCGCAUGCAGCUAGAGAUUGAGAAGCUGAAGGCGGAGAAUGAUCGUUUGAAGUUGGAGAAUCAAGGAAGCAGGACGGGCUCCCAAGUGUCCAUCUCCUCGUCCCCUCCCCCGCACACGUACAGCCAGCAGGCUCCCGGUGCCAAUGUGGGGAUCUCACAGCACAGUCUGAACUUGGCUACCAGCGAAUCCACCAGUCUCGACAUGCUGUUGGAUGACACGAGUGGAGAGGGAGGUGUGAGGAAGGAGGGUCGCCGCGUGAAGAUUGUCGUCAGCCUUGACGGGGACGCUUUGUGGCCGCAGGAGGCACGCUCUCCGAGCUUUCUGAUAGGCUGCAUCGGUGUCAGCGGCAAGACCAAAUGGGACGUGUUGGACGGAGUGGUCCGACGUCUUUUCAAAGAGUAUAUCACCCACGUGGACCCGGUAAGCCAGCUGGGCCUAAGCACAGACAGCGUGGAGGGAUACAACAUCGGAGACAUCCACAGGCCUCGGAGCCCCGGCGCCGCUCACACCCCCGAGCUGCUACCCUGUGGCUACCUGGUCGGAGACAGCAACACCAUCAACAUCCAGCUCAAAGGCGCGAGCAGUGACAGCGUGGACUCGCUGGUGUUCGACACGCUCAUCCCAAAACCGAUGCUGCAGCGCUACGUCUCCCUGCUGAGGGAGCACCGCAGGGUCAUCCUGUCGGGCCCCAGCGGCACAGGAAAGACGUACCUGGCCAAUCAGCUUUCUCAACACCUACUGCAACUCGAGGGCCGACCUCUGACCCCUCACGCCGUCGUCACGUUCAACGUGGAUCACAAAUCCAGCAAGGAGCUCCGGCAGUAUCUGUCGGGAUUAGCCGAGCAGUGUAGCGGGGCGUUGGGUGAGGAGAGCCCCCUGGUGGUCAUCCUGGACAACCUGCACCACGUCAGCUCACUCAGCGAGAUCUUCAACGGCGUCUUUAACAGUAGCCACAAGCACAGCCCGUACAUCAUCGGCACCAUGAGUCAAGCGACCUCGUCUGCGCCCAACUUGCAACUUCACCACAACUUCAGGUGGGUGCUGUGCGCCAACCACACGGAGCCGGUCAAAGGUUUCCUAGGACGCUUCCUUCGGAGGAAGCUGAUCGAGGUGGAAAUUGGCAGCCGAACGCGCAACGUGGAGCUGGUGAAGAUCAUCGAGUGGAUCCCGAGGGUGUGGCAACAUCUCAACCGGUUCCUGGAGACGCACAGCUCCUCGGAUGUGACCAUAGGUCCUCGUCUCUUCCUGUCCUGUCCGAUUGACGUGGAGGGAUCCAGGGUUUGGUUCACUGAUCUCUGGAAUUACUCCAUCAUUCCGUACAUGCUGGAGGCUGUUCGAGAGGGAUUGCAGUUGUAUGGCCGGAGGGCCGCGUGGGAGGACCCCGCCGCCUGGGUGAUCGACACCUACCCGUGGUCAGCUACGCCCGCUCCAGCCGAUUGGCCCCCGUUGCUGCAGCUGAGACCAGAAGACGUGGGCUUCGACGGCUACUCGGCCCCGAGAGAAGGAGUCCGGAAAGAGCCGCCUCAGAGCGACAGUGACGCAGACCCGUUGAUGAACAUGCUGAUGCGCCUGAAGGAGGCCGCGACGUCGUCAAGCCCUCAGAGCUACGACAGCGACUCCAACAGCAACAGCCACCAGGACGACAUCCUGGACACGUCGCUGGAGUCCACCCUGUGAUGCGUUCAGGGCACCGACGGACUGCUCUCACUGUGAGAACUUGAUUAUCAUGCCACAAAAAAAUCCAGCCACCUUAAUUUGGGUGCAGGCAACCCAAAUAUUUAUAAGACAGACAUUUCAGAGGACAAAAGGCGAUUCAAGUUUUCUGCUGCACUGUUUUGUUUUUAUAAUUUUCUUGUUUGUUUUUCACCACUGUGGCCCGUGGCUCCUCUGCGAAGGAGCUUUUGACAUCAGCGUCCGACAGAAUUAAAGCACACAGCCUCCUAAUGUUCAUCGCGAUCAGCACCAGCCGUCAAUCCAUCACCGCCAAGUUACGUCAUCAGGCGGCAGUGCACCUAUCAGGCCUGCAGGUGGCGACACACGCUCUACUAAAAAGUUUACUCGCUGCGAUUGACAGACACCAUUACGCCAUUAAAUUCAUUCAUUCACUCAGUGAUUAUUUUUAUGUGCAUGACGAUGUAGCAAAGCCAGCAAACACUGUAGCAAAAAAAAAAUUAAUGAUAAUCAGAAUAAGUACCCAGGUGUAAAAUAUAUAAAUAUAUAUAUUAAAAAAAGAGUGAAAUAGGCCGAAUUUUGCAUUAAUUCCAUGUUUCCGGUAAACUUCUGCAUGCAUUUACCUCCACAUGAGACUCCAUAAUAUCUUCAUGAUCAUUCGUAGCACAAAGACCUAUCGGUGCUGUACUCAGUUCAAACAAAAAAUGCCUUACUUUAUUUUCAACAGAUGCAUUUGGGUUCUUUGUGUCUUGAUCUCAAAGGCUUUUGUAAAGAUCGAGGGCUCUGAGUCGACUUUGUCUCCAAAGUUUUUGAGGAGAACUGUCGACAAUUCAUCAACACCAAUACUGUGAGAAUGAAGAGAAGGAGUGAAUGAGUAGAAAAGUUGGAUUUGCAUACUUGGCCCGAGCUUGUGGAAAUAAGAAAAGAUGGCUACAGUGUAUUUUGAAUAUGCUUGUUGUUCCAAAUUAAAUGUGGAGUGCUUUGGUAACUUUUAUACCUCAUCCCAUCCUGAAAGAGUUUUUGAUCACAUCCUGUUAAGAUUUAGAGGGAAGUGUUGAAAUGAGUGUACAUGCUGCUUUGUUUAUAAGUAUUGAGUUGAUUGUGACAAUUUGUGAGGUUUAAUGUAAGAAGACUUUUUUAUUUUAAACCUCACACCUGCCUUUAAGGUUGUGCAGUCAAGCAGUUAAAAA